GACCUUUCCCAUGACUAAUGGAAAGCUUUGUUCGCUGCACACCGUGGGACGCGGCAAGUCUUUGUUUUUGCUUUUUUGUUUUUGUGUUUGCCAAUUCCCGGGCGUCAGAUCUUUGGCGAUUGACCAGUGAUGCCAGUCGCUCCUGUUCCUUUUUUCCUGGACCUGUCGUGCGACUUAAUGCGGUGACACGAGCGGCUCGGUUUGCGGACUGUCGCUCCGCAUGUGGCACGCACAGGUCUUUGGUCUCGGAGCGGGUUAAAGACGAGGUCUUCGGCGGCCAGAAGCGGGACGAGAGUUUGGCGUGAGCAGCAGGUGGUGAUGCUCGUUACAAGACCAAAGGAACUCAAAUACCGUGGUUCUCAUUCAGUGACAGACCAAAAGAAAGCCAUCUAAAUUCUUCUAAUCGUCCUGAUGCUGCUCUGUAAAUUCUAGAAAGUUUUAAUGCUCGAAGUGAACACUUAAGGAUGUAAUGAAAGCAUAGUGAUAUGUUUCUGACCAGCCUUACCCGCCCACCUCCCGAGCCGGUUUACAGACUGUGGAGUCCCUGCUGACAGCCAGUCUCGACACCAAAUAAGUGAAUCACGGAGUUUACAAAGUAUCGAAAGUUAGAAAAAAGGCUUGCUUUGCGUAAUACAUCUGCAACCUUAAAAGCUUCCCCAAUUUGCAAAAAUUUCGUUCGUUGAUAAACUCAAAGUGUUUGACGGUGCAGCGUGGUACAGCAGCGCGGCACGGUGCGACGCAGCCAGGCACAUCACAGAGCCCGCCGUUCCCUGUCGUCCAGUGGCAUUUUUUUCUUGGAAGACAGUGCCUGCUGCACAGACGACAAUUGCGACGGCAGAUAGACUUUUAGGUCUCGGCUGGCUACGUGCACUUGCUGCGCUUUUAGUCUCUUGUAGUUGUCGUCUGCUGUCACUGCUGCUGUUGCCGGCUGCCGCGCCGGCGUGUCAGUGCUGGACCCGACCUGAGCCGGCCACCACCACCACCGCUGCCCGCGUGCUGCUGAGCCCUUUCACUCGCCCGCAGGAGACUGACAGGCAGCAAAAGCGCGUGUGAGAGAGCGAGCGAGAGAGAAAGCCAAGACGGCAUGAGAGUAGGUGAACAACGCUGGUUGGUAAGAAACAAGACGGACGAACCGAAACGUUCGCUGAGGACUCCUUCGAAUUUUGUGACUGUGUUGCCCCCACAAAGAAAGAAGCAAACAAACAACUUCUCCGCUUUCAUGAUUACUUUCUUUGUGAAUUUAUAUACCUACGUCUUGAGAAUUUAGCCUGCGACUCUCAGGUAUGAGGAAAAAAAUAAGGGCGAGAACAGGUUUUCCCGGCGCAUUGAUUCUGGUGUCCUUUUAGCUUCCGACGCAAGUAACAGGACUCGCCCACAAGUCUGCUGCAGACAGGACAAAGAAGAUUGGGUAGUCUCAGACGUGUCUUAACUUGACACGUCUAAUCUUCUUGACUUCAUAACAUUCGUGUCUUUGCCCCGUCACAGUUUCUUCUUCUUUUUUGUUCUUCACCUCCUUUACUUUCACCUCUUUCUUUGAUUUCCUUUUGCACUGGUGGCCGCUAUUAGUAAUCCCACCAACUGACCCUUAAAACUUCACGGAAUGGAUUCGAGGACAGGACGUGGCUGUUUGGCAAUGGCACUUUCUUAGGCAUACAGUGAGCUCGAACGAUGAUGUUCUGCGGCUUGUCACCCAUUGCCAUAGCGCGUAGGAGACAUUGCCGACAAGGCGUGAGGACCAUGAAGUGGCCGUGGUCAGGGCGUUGGUGCUUCGGAAGAGUUUUAUCAACCACGUGGAUCUUAUCCUCCUGCAUUCUUGUCUUCGCUCCAAAAGUUCUUGCUCUUCCGCCUGCGGAGCGGGAUGGGUACGGAAGCGGCAACUUCACGAUCUUCUCGUACCACGUUCCAGAGUCAGAGGACGACACCUUCGAGGACGACUACGACAGAGAGCCCGGCAGCAACGACUUUAUCAACAGCGGCCACAACCACAUCAGCAACAGCAACGGCAAGUUGAACGAGACGGUGCCGUGGAUGGACGGAGUCACGGAGUCGCCCAUUGGUCCCAAGGAUCACGUGGGCGACGAGCUGGAACACGUCCUGGUAGAAGGAGACGGGGAAGGAGACUACGAGUACGACAACAUGGAGCUGGACGUGGUACAACAGUUCUUGGAACAGGUGGAGAUCUACGAGAAGAACCAGGCCAACUGCACGGCUGGCACGCAGCACAACCUGGGCAAAGGUGUUAUCAAGCAAUACGGUCUGAACCGGUUUAAGUCCCAGGCACUGGUGGCGGUAAACCGAGCAAACUUUCUGACGAGGAUCUGGAAGGACGCGGGGCCCGAAAUUCUCACCUCCGAGUCUUUCUUCUACACACAGGUGCGCAACUUGGUGGAGGGUGAUCCAGAAAUCUUCGCAGGUGGGAACUGCUACGACAAGCUGCAGUUCAAAGACUACUAUCUGUUUUGUCCCUUUGCUUACCGCACCGCUCACGGCUACAUCAAUGUGAAGGAUCUGUCCGUGGAGUAUGACUACCUGGGAAAACUAGGCAACGAUUCGGAGUGGUUUUACACGGCCCGAGAGCGUGCCAGUAACCUGAACAACUUCACUUUCACAUACGGUACAACUCAGUGGCGGUACAAUCAGUCGCUGCAUCGGGAGGUGGACAAUGACAGUGUCAUCACGGUCGCCUAUGAACAUGGUCACUGGAGUCUGCCGUACUUUGACUGUGGGGGUGGAAACAUCUGGAUGAUGACAUACACUGUUCCUUUCUUCGCUUACGUCAACAACACGCCACGUUUCAAGGGUACGAGCGGAAUAGAUAUAGAUCUGCAAAAGGUGGACAUUGACCAGUGCCCACUUCCUGAAGGCUCAAAAGAAGAGAAUGUUUUUGCUGGAUCACACAAAUGCAAGCCAAGGACAACAAGGUGUGAAGUCAUAUCUGGGCUUGGCUUUCGACGAGGCUCCUACAAAUGCGUAUGCAAAGAUGGCUUCUACUUUCCGCUUCCAUCGGAAGACAAGCGUUACUACGAAGGUACUUUGGUGGAAGAGGAGUACGAGAAGAAAAGAAAGCAUCUGGAUAACAAUUACGACAUGGCUUUCGAGUGCAUGCCGUGCGCUCCGGGAUGCGACACAUGCACUGACCCCAGCCCGUGCGUUCUGACCUUAAACUGGCUUCAGCGCAGCAUCCUCCUGGGCGUGUCAGGACUCAUCAUGUGCUUCAUCCUCGUUCUCCUCUGGUUUACAAUCCAGUACCGAGAGGUCAAGGUCAUGAAGGCGUCCAGUCCCGUUCUGAUGCGCGUUGUUCUGCUCGGAGCCUUCUUUCUCUACUGCCCUCUCAUCGUGGGAUACUUUGAAGCCAGUGUGCUGACGUGCUGCGUGCAGUUCUGGAUCAGAGAGAUUGGGUUUUCUAUCUCCUAUGGGGCUCUUCUGCUGAAAACAUGGAGAAUUUCAGUGGUGUUCCGAGUGCGGUCUGCGCAACGAAUAAAGAUUUCAGAUGGUGAUCUUAUCAAACGUCUGCUGGUCAUUGUCUUCGUCUUCUCAGUCUACCUCACCGCCAGGACGGUGGCUGGGACACCCCGUGUGGUUCAAGGCAAAGAUGUUAGCGGCUUGAAAGCUUACAUAUGUUCUUCCGACUGGUGGGACCAUUCAGCAGCUAUAGCGGAACUGCUCUUCCUGCUGUGGGGAGUGCGGCUAUGCAUCGUGGUGCGCAAAGCGCCAUCAGAGUUCAACGAAAGCCGCUUCAUCAGCUGGGCUAUCUACAACGAGUUUCUUCUCUCUCUCUUCCUUAAUGUGUCCAUGAUAUUUUUGCGGGAUCCGUUUCCAACCAACCCGGAUCUGCUGUACCUCGUGCUGUUUGUGCACACACAGCUGACAACCACUGUUACCCUUGCUUUUCUCUUCGGCACAAAGGCAUACCUGGUUUACAAGUACCGGGGAAAGGAGCACACCAAGGGUGGCGGUGGCGGCACGACCAUGCUGAGCCGCGGCUCCAAGUACACAAUGGGCAACAAACCGCAGUCGACUGUCUCCAACGCCAUCUCCACAAACGGCAGCUACGGCGAGAAAGGCGAGGAGGAGGAGUGUGAGAGCUUCCUAGAGAAAGACAUUCAGGAGGAGUUCCGGCGGCUAUACACACAGCUGGAGUUGCUGAAGCAGCGCAACAUGAAGCUGGGCAACCGACAUCUGCAGUACAAGCUGUCCGCCAUGACGGAGGCCGCUAACAAGGAAGACCUGCCCCCAGACUCCACCCCUACUUCCCCCAACCUCAACGGCAAGCGCAUUGUGAUAAACCUGGACGAUUACAACGAGUCCACCAACGUAUAGCACCAACGACUUUACACACAACGACGGCAAAAAUCAAAAUAGUUCGUGUUGGCUGCAGCAGGAAGGGCUAAUCCUGGCAUCAACUGGGUUAAUCCUUGUCGCGCGAACUCUUGGAGCAACUGAAGUAGUCGCUGCAGCCAGGACGGAAACCGCAUUUGUGGAUGAUGUGGUGUGGUGGUUUUCAUUAUCACACUCUAACGAGACUAGAAUCUACUCUUACACCUGAUAGUCCGACUGAAAUUUCCUGCACUGCGUGGUAGUCAUGAGCUGGGUUUGGGUCAGUAACUCUGACAUCAAUAUUGAUGAGAAUCAUUUUCAAGUUCCAGAGGGUUCAAUGUCGAAAUGAAGACCAAGUUUCUUUUUUCCAGUUGGUGCGAUGUUAAUGAUACGAUCUUGCUAAAUCCGUAAAAUAACGGUCUUUGGUGGCAACAGUUUUAACCGGUAGUUAACGGCACGUAAUCACGACGUUACACGCGAGACACGUUGUGCAGAAUCACUCAAGCGAGGCUCCAUCUUCGCAGACCUCUUCUUCCGGUAUGCACGUGCAACACCCCUCUAUGAUCCAUCUGAAACGAAAUGUGCAUUCUAGGAUAGGUACAUCCUUUGUCUCGUCAAACGCCCCACAUUCAUAUAUAAACACACACUACACGCCAUCAAAGAUAUAGAAGUAAAUAAAAGACAAGCUUUUUAACAGUUCCAUAUAUACAUACACACUACACGCCUUCAAAGAUAUAGUAGUAAGUAAAAGACAAAUAAUAAGUUAACAGUUCCAAUCCACACGAAGAUUUCACGGCCCUGCUACGUUUUCAGCACGUAGACCCACCUGCACCAGAAUCGAACCAACCCUCAGGCACACGGCCCAUGUAAAGGACGAGUCCCUGAGCGGCUUCCGCGGUCUUCGAUGUAAGGAAACUGGCCGCCAACUUUUGAUGUGAUGGAAUGGGAUUAAUGCGUUCACGACGUCGGUGCCCUCCUGCCAGGUCAGUCUGUGUUGGGUGAUUAGCGAUGUGUCUGGCUACGGUAGCAGCGGGCAGGAGCGACCACGGGCAACGCGCCGUCUGCUUUGAAAUGAAGUGCCGGUUGUCACUGACAUCAGAGCCAGCAGUGAGCAAACGUUCCACUUGAUACGUCUGCCAGACCCGCUCUUCACCCACUGUAUGGGUGGUGCGGCUGUCACAAGACCAGCUGUGGUCAUCAGCGAACGUUGUGUACAAGUGUAUGUGUGUGUGUUACAGUGUAGGUGUGGAGGUGUUUGUGCGCGCGCUUGUAUUACUUUGUGCAAUGCGGUUAUGUGUGUAUCUGCUAUUUAUCGCUUAUACUUGACACAGAACGGUGGUAGCUGUAUAGUACUUCAAGAAAAACACGCGGAUUGAACUGGACUGAUGUGGGCAUCUGUAUGGCACCAGCAGCCUGUCUGUGCACGUGUUCAAAGCGGUCUUCAUGUGCAUAAUCUGUUAUGUUCUUUGAACUUCCUAAUUUACUAGGUCUCGUUCAUGGCAGGUACUGUUCGUCAGCCACCAGCCUAUCUUGCCAAUACGACACACUAGAAAAUCUCAGAAUGAAAACAAAACAGCAAUACAGAAGAAAAUAACAGUUCAAAUGUCGUACGAUUCUUUGACAAGAAGAUCGGAACAUCAUAUUUUUGUAAUAUCCUAACGAAGGCAAUCAAAACCUCAUUUUAUAGCAGUGCAAAUACUUUGAUCUUCUGUUUGUGCUGGCGUAAGACGCUCAGCAAAGGAUGUCAUUAAUCUAUGGGCUAAAGCCCUUUGCUUGGCAGAUGGACAAGCACUAACUCUCGUUACACCCACAGUAAGGGGCAGAUCCAAACCAGAAAGCCAAGUAGCCAACAAACUCCAUGAAAAGAUAAACCGUAAAAAUGUGGUUAUUGAAGACUGAACAGAACGUUCCCAGGGUUCCUUUGUCUUUAAACAAGAACGAACGUUCUAGGUGGCACCAUCUACACAGCUUUUAUUGUGCAUCUGCAAAGGCUGAAAUUCCCCUCCAGCCGACAUUACUGUCGUAUAGAAAUCUGAGGCCUCCCUUCUCAAUGUCAUGGCAAACGCAAGCACAAACACGCACAAACACACACACACGAUCACCACCUCCACCACCACCCAUUUCCGAACGAAGAGACCGCUGGAGAUAGAAAAGCAUCUUCCCACUCCAUCCCGCCCCCACACACCCUACCCUCCUCGAAAAAGUGAAGAAAAAAAGAAGUCUCAAAAACACGACACAGAGCAGAGGGAGAGAGAGACCCGGGCAGAAGACAGAGUGGGCGUUUUGUGUGUGCGGAAGAAAAUGAAUUGGGUUUCCGGAAUUUAUUGUGGCUUCCCAUGUUACUGCUGGGCGUUGACAUGGAAAGGGGGCGUGUGAACUGACAGGAAAUGGACACCAGCAGAGCUGCGCGCGGCGCUUGGCAUCGCCAGAAAAAGACCGACAACCGCAGAGUCACAUUACUGGCCCAAGCAUGAAAUAGGAUUUACAAACGUGUUUGUCAGUUGAGGAGGAUGGAUGCUGUCCAAGUUGGGGAAAAAUGUUUAGCCAUUGCUAAAGUGGGGACAAAACGCACGCGUGCUCAAGAGAAGGAGAGAAAGCUUUGAUGUGUGGAGACAGUGGGUGGUGUGCAUGCGUUUGUGCUUGUGUGUGGUGUGCUUGUGUGUGUGC